CCGGCGCGGCGGCUCCGGGACUCCUGGGACCCGCGCGCCGCCUCUGUCUCUUCAGUUGUCUCGUCUGCCCGCCGCCACCAUGCUCUCCGUCCGCGUCCCGCUCGCCACCAUCGUGGACCCGCAGCAGCCGCAGCCGCAGCUUCAGCUCUCGCCCCUGAAGGGGCUCAGCCUGGCGGACAAGGAGAACACGGUGAGGACGCGCGGGCCGGGCCGGGGCGCCUUUCCCCUGCUCUCUGUCUCUCUGGCCCGACAGAAAACCAAGGUGCCUGCCCCCAGCGUGGAGGAUGAGCCCCUCCUCCGAGAAAACCCUCGUCGCUUUGUCAUCUUCCCUAUCGAGUACCAUGAUAUUUGGCAGAUGUAUAAGAAAGCCGAGGCUUCCUUUUGGACCGCUGAAGAGGUGGAUCUUUCCAAGGACAUUCAGCACUGGGAGUCCCUGAAGCCGGAGGAGAGAUAUUUCAUCUCCCAUGUUCUGGCUUUCUUUGCAGCGAGUGACGGCAUAGUAAAUGAGAACUUGGUGGAGCGCUUUAGCCAAGAAGUUCAGAUAACCGAAGCCCGCUGUUUCUACGGCUUCCAAAUCGCCAUGGAAAACAUCCAUUCUGAGAUGUAUAGUCUCCUCAUUGACACUUACAUUAAAGAUCCCAGAGAAAGGGAAUUUCUCUUCAACGCCAUCGAGACGAUGCCUUGUGUGAAGAAGAAGGCGGAUUGGGCCUUGCGUUGGAUCGGGGACAAAGAGUCUACCUAUGGGGAACGGGUUGUGGCCUUUGCCGCAGUGGAAGGAAUCUUCUUUUCUGGUUCUUUUGCGUCGAUAUUCUGGCUCAAGAAACGCGGCCUGAUGCCUGGCCUCACGUUUUCCAAUGAACUUAUUAGCAGAGAUGAGGGCCUGCACUGUGACUUCGCCUGCUUGAUGUUCAAACACCUGGUCCACAAACCUUCAGAGCAGAGGGUGAAGGAGAUAAUCGUCAAUGCCGUCAGGAUAGAACAGGAGUUCCUCACGGAGGCCUUGCCGGUGAAGCUCAUCGGGAUGAACUGCACGUUAAUGAAGCAGUACAUUGAAUUCGUGGCAGACAGACUCAUGCUGGAGCUGGGUUUUAACAAGGUUUUCAGAGUAGAAAAUCCAUUUGACUUUAUGGAGAACAUUUCCCUGGAGGGGAAGACUAACUUCUUUGAGAAGAGAGUAGGCGAAUAUCAGAGGAUGGGCGUGAUGUCAAGUCCCACUGAGAAUUCUUUUACCUUGGACGCGGACUUCUAAGCAAGUGAAGCCGGGCUCUUCUUUGCUGAUUUUUUUCCCCCUUCUCAUCAAAAAAAAAAAAAAGAAAAAAGAAAGAAAAAAAUCAGCUACUUGAAGUGUAUCAACCAGCUACACCAGGAAUCGCCAAUAGUGUUCGUUAAUAGUAUUGUUAAAACCGUGUAGCUACCUCGUAUCCAGGCCUGUUGAUUAGUGAUGCGAGUCGUCUGUCUCCCUUAGAAGCACGGACACACGUUCCUUGGGCUUGUGGGAAAGAUCCUGGGCCGUGUGCAGCUUCUGCAAGCGCUCUGGCCGUCCAGGACUUGGUGGCUCUUAGCAACCUGGCACAAGGCGUGGGGACUCUCCAGGGAGUCUGACCUGGUAGCAUCCAACCGUCGCUGCAAGACCCCUGGGAGGGGUCGGCCUUGGUGCUUCAAAGCAGAUUUUAAAGUUUACUUAAUGAUUUGUAAAUAAAACUGGCACUUUACACACAAACCUAGUUUGUACUGUUGAGGUAAAGGCCUAAUGUAACCUAACUUGGCUGGUUUCUAGACCAAACGCAGAGCAUUUCUAUUGGCCGCUAAUGAGCCAGUUCGGGAUGUACUAGGUGACCCAACUCCGCCAAACCUGUGUGCGAGUCAAGCACGUUAUUUCUGCUCUUUAUUUUCUUUAAUGAGUUGGGGUGCUUUGUGAUCGGCUUUAAGGGCAGCCCUGCACACCCUCCUAGGUAUCAGCCAGUUGGGGGCCCAAAGAAGGCAGGUAUCGAUGCAGGCCGGAUGCAGGCCAGGUCGAGUAUGGUGGGAUGCGAGGGAGGGGAAAGAAGCUUCUGAGGUCAGGAUGGAGGGCGGCGGAGCGGGGCAGCUGGCCCCGGGGUGUGCGUGAGGAGCAGCUUUGAGUUCCUGUGACAGCUUAGGUCCUCAGCUCUAGGAUCCGAGCUAGCCCUGUACGUUGGUUCUUCAGACCCCCCUUGAACAAAGUGACCCACCCGGGAUCUUGCUCCGGUUAAGUAGGGAAAGCCAGGCCUGAAACUGGCUCCCUGAAAACUCGGGCCUUUAUUCUGAUUUGGUUUAAUUUGUAAGUCGGUGCCAUUGACCUCCUCCUUUUAUAUUUACUCCAUGCUUUAUAGAUUAGAAAAAACGUCUUUUUGCUGUACGCGCCCUGUGUAUCUGUGGUUCGUAUUUUGAAAAGAUCGAGGCAGACAUUGUUCAGGGCACUUCAGUGCCCUUCCUAGAUCUGACCUUCCGUAGAAAACCAGAGUUGUGGGAGCCGCUAAUAUACGGUCUGGUUGCUUAUUAAUUUCAGAAUGAAGCACAUAAUAAUACGCCUAAUGGGGCUGGUUUGAAUCAAUCUGUCUUUGUUACCCCUCCCCCCUCCCAACACCCAACCAAGAUGUCACAUGGCAGGUGACAGGAUCCGCAGCAGUCCUUUGGCCACAUUUGUUACCGUGUUGUAUCAUGUUGGCUGAUCACUGGCCUGUUUUUUCACUUAUUGUAUAAAUUGUCAAAUAAUCGAUUUAAACCUUUCUGUACUAGGGGCUUCCUAUCUUUUAAAUUAUUGUUACCAAAAGGCAA